GUCCAAAUAAUGCCCGAGAUAUUAUCUUCUUAAUUGAUGGUUCAUCCAGCAUGCGAUCCUCAGAAUUCAUGCAUAUGAAGGAGUUUGUUACACAUACCAUGAAAAGCUUUCCCAACAAUACACAGUUCUCUCUCCUGCAGUUCUCCAGUCGCUUUCAGGAGCACUUUGACUUCAAGCAGUUCCACAGAAAUCCUGAUCCAGAUCAACUGCUCAACCAGGUUAAGCAAUUGGGAGGCUCCACGCACACAGCCUCUGCCAUCAGGAAAGCUGUAAGGGAGCUGUUUGUGCCACACAGAGGUGCCCGCAACACGGCCACCAAGAUUCUCGUGGUGGUGACCGAUGGGCUGAAAACUGGGGACCCCUUAGAAUAUCUAGAGGUUGUCGAAGAGGCAGAAAGAGCUGGAGUUGCGCGCUUUGCAGUUGGGGUUGGUUUGGGCUUCAUCAGUGCAACUGCCCAACAGGAGCUCCAUGCCAUUGCUUCCAGUCCUGCCACACAGCACACGUUCCAUGUGAGACACUUCACAGACCUGCGUGACACCCAUCACCAACUGCAAGAGAAGAUUUGUUCCAGACGUGGCCCUGCUGUGCCACAGCCCCCUGUUCCGCCGCAGUUGCCUGACACUUGUGCUUCACACUCUGAUCCGCGAGUGCUGCAGAAACUGGAGCAAGUGUUGAGCAGCCUGGAUGCGAUGACUGCCAAGCUGGACUUGCUGGCCAUCAGGCAGGAUAAAUGUGGGCGCAGUUCCUAUUCUUUGUCCUGAGCCAGGCAAUAUGAUCUGCCCCAGGAAAUGAUUCGUAAGAAGGAAAGCUUCAAGUCGGUCUGGAUGGAAGGAGACACAUGGAAGUCCUCCCAUGUUGUCUUUGAUCUAGUUUUUGACUGAAUGCUGAUGUAGCCGUGAUGCCAAUAAAUUCACCUGCUCACAA